CAAAACAGAUCAGACAGAGGACAAUGACAAUGGCACAGUCAGGACAGCUGUCAGGACCGCCGUUGCUGUUGGGUUUGACUCAGCUUUGUGGUUACGGUGUUGGGCGACCAAAGCAGAGACAAUGGGAUCAUAGUUCCAACAUCGUGAGAAAUAGUUCAGUACAGUCCUAGCUAGCUAAUACGGAAAUCAUGAAGACCUUUCGCUGCUUUCUGGUUUUGGGGUGCUUCGUUCCCUGGGUAUCAUGCUUUGUCCUUCAAAAGUCCCCCAUCACUCCAACCGCAUCUACCUGGACAUCAGUGUCAAGUCCAAUGGUUCUUGGAGCCAAGCCAACUCAAGAGUCAGCGACCGAAGAAGCAAUGCGUCUGCUGGAAAAGUCCAGAGCACUGAGAGAAGAGAUUGCUCAACAAGAACAGGAGAGGGCCUCCCAACGGCCAAGUACACCUGGCAGUGAUUCGUCCAAAGACAGUAUGCAUAGUUCCAACCAGCUACAAUCUACAAAGUCUGCCCAAAUCAACAAAUGGGCCGUCCCCAAUAGUAGUGUUGAUGAUGAUGAUGAUUCAUCUUCCCCUGGAGUCGAAUAUCGACUCUACGUGGAUAUUGGACGAGAGGAGGGUACUUGGAUGGAGCCUCGAUGGGGUGCCAGCGGUCGCAGGAUCGAAUUCACGCUGGAUGUGAGAUUUCAACCCAAUCAACUCGCCAAUAUGCAAGCCACACAAAAAAUGGUCAAAGACAAUCAAGGAGGAAAAUCGUCUCCCGUCCAGCAUCUGGAAUCGGCUCCACUGGCACGAUUGCGCAGUGGAUUUGAGGAAAUGAAAUGUCAGGGUGGAUCCUUUCGAAUCGACUACUCCUGUCGACCGGGACAAUCCGAUACCUUGCGGUUUUUUCUCAUGGUGGAGGGGAUCACGGAUGGGGAUGUCUCCAUACCACAAGGAGCGCUCUACUUUUCCAUCCCCUGCUUUGGAUCGGUAGCACAAAUGUCCAGCAAGGGAGAAAUGCCCGUCACGGUACGACAAAUGGGAUGGCACACGGGAUUUAGACGCGAAGAAAGUCGAAUCCUUGGAAUCUUCAAGGCUGUCCCCAUUGACGGGGCUAGAAGGAAAGAUGGAUUCUAAUCUAGUGACAAUACUAAUAAAUCAGUAAGCCAAGGGCAUCAGGGCCAGUCACCGCGACCUAUAUCUCAUCUACCUGUACCUGUU